AGUGGCAGAAAGCGCAAACCUUACCGACUUCGGUCUUAGUUGAUCUAGCUACGGGGCUUCGGGCGCAGUUCACCUUCGGCACUAAACUAGAAGAAAGCCAGCACGCGAUUUCGAGCAGGAAGGUCGGCCUUCAUUCUCAUCGACGGACGAUCGAGGGCCUCAGCAUGGAGCUACUUCUCACUAGGACAUGCACGGUGCGGCGCCUUAGCAGCUUUUUGAGCAAGGCGCGCUCUGUUCUUAGAAAGCCGAAGAUUAUCUCGGGUCGCUCGCUUUUCAUAGGGUCGAAGAUUCGCGAAGACGCAAGUGCCGCCAUCGUUCGCGACCCGGAGCUUCUUGGGCCUCAGUAUGCACAUACACGAAAGCAGGCCGCGAAGGAAAGCUUCCAGGCAGCAGGGCGAGCGUGGAAGGGCCUCAGCGUCCUAGAGCAGGAGCGGUGGGUGUCGGCUGCAAAAAGACGGCGUCUUGAGGUGGGCAACAACUUAUCCGCAGCUCCUUCCGGUCGUGGGGACGCGGAUGAAGAUGGAGAGGAGGGCCACUCGAUGGCGGAGGACUGUGUCACGAUUGGGGGAGAGGCAGUGCCGGUUGCAGAUUUGUUGCGACCGGAUGAGCAGGUGGAACCUGAUGCGUUAGGCCAUGCCAGAAAUGACGGCGAUCAGGAUUUGCAGGCUGCUGUGGACGCCGGUGCAGCGGAGAUGAAGGAGCAAGGCUUCGCCGAUGUCGACUCCAUUUUUCCUGUUCCGGCUUGCAAGAUACUUGAGUACUGGACGGAGACUGAUGAGCGCAUAACUGCGAUGCGACGGCUAGCAUGCAGCACUCCCAGUUUUUGGGGUGGGACUCCUUUCGAGCGAUCCUUCCGACAGGAGCCGCGCCCCCCGCCUGAGCCAGUGCCGGCGUUAGGGCGUGCCUUGCGUCAACAGAUUGAGCAGAAGGGUGAGCGGGGUUUGUAUGCGAUUCUGGUCGGACGUUUGGAAGCGAGUGGUGGCAUUUUGUUUUCUUCAGAGCGCGCAGUGCCGAUUGAUAGGAAGCUUUUCAUCGUAGCACCGCGUCGGGGGCGACUUCGUGGUGUGCAUUGUUUGAAGUUGGAUGAGAACGUGCAGGAGCAGAGGCCUACAGACCCGCUUGUGUAUUCGCUACCGGAAGUCGAUGCUCUCCACCCAAGAAAAGUCUCCAGUUUGACUGACGCACUUCGGGACUUCGAUAGAGGAACGCAGGAUGUGUGGUUCGGGCGGCUGUUGUUUUUGCACGGGCGUCUCGUUUUCCGUUUCGAGUGGGAGUUCGCACAAAGUGUUCGCUUUUUUGGCCCACCCAAUCCCGAGCCAGUGCUGCAAAACGACGAGUAUCCUGAGGAAGAUGAGGAUGAGGAGAUUCUCGCAAUUCGUCUGGCGAUUGAGGCGCGCGAGGUAGAGAUGCGACAGGCGCAGAUACAAGGCGCUUCUGGUGGUGUCGGGCCUAUCUACGAUGCUAGCGCCUUGAGUCACAUUGCAAGCUUCGGGAGACUCGGGCCAAUCGAUCGAACCCAACGCGAAAAUGACCGUGGAGGUGCCCCUGCGAGUGGUGGCGGAGCAGUUGCAAAUGGUGCAUCGCAUGCGCAUUCGCAUGAGCCAGGCUUUAGAAGCGCAGCAGAUGACGUUGCGCGACAGCUUGCGCUAGCUCGUGAGCGCCUUCUGAAUAUUCCAGCAGUGGAGCUUCUUCCGCACGGGUUUCAGGCACGCGUUACAGGUGGCCCGUGGUUGAAGGCGGAAACGCGUGAAGGCGCUGCUGGUCAUGACGCCAGCUGGAUGCCGCGAGACGGCAUAGUCUUCGAUAAAGUUGUCUGCUCAGGACCUCGCGCACAGCUACGCGCGUUGGGAUGGAACUUGUCGCGCGGUUGGCAUCUGCAUUUUUACGGAGGAACGCGACCGUGCUUGGGCAUGGCUUUGGUCUGGGCUGCUGCAGUUCGGUGGGCAUUAAACACCGCAAAAGCGGUUAAGGACGGAUGUUGCACCAUCCGCGAGCAAGCCGAUUUUACCUCUGGGUGCCUGGAUGACCCCGAUGUGGUAGAGGCAUGGGACUUCGCGAAAGCGCUGGCUGAAGACGCAACCCUGGAAGAAAGAACGCAAGCAGCAGGUCGUGAGAGGCCGCUAACAGCGGUGCUGAUUAUAGGCCGCAUUGAGGAUGGGGUAGCAGACAUCGCGGUCCACUAUGGGACUUUACUGGAAAAGUUGGCUGUGGCGUAAUUUUGUAACUAUGCAAGUUUUUGAAAUUUGCAAGAGUGCCAGAACUGAAGACUUUCUUGACAGGCGAGAACUUGGCAGAAGUGCCUUUUUGGGCUAUGUUUGAAAUAGCAGCAGCAACCUUCCUGAUCUGUGUCUGCUGGUGGAGCAUCUGUUUCGGCAAUUUUUUUCGUUAUCGGAUCGCGCAGUCUAUGGCGGUAUG